AUGUUUGCUAACUACAAAUUAUCAAUAUGGCCCAAGCCGGAGCAAUGCAACUUUACGCAAACACAACUAAAUUCUGAAGAUUUAACAAAAUUACGGGCCAAUGGAUAUCAGCGGUGCAACAGCAAGUAUCUAAAUGGACACUUAAAUAUCUUUGAAGUUGAAGCAAAAAAGAUCAACGAUGAAGAGAAACGCUUCAAUUUAUACCAAUACAAACACAAUGCAAAUAUCAAGCUACAUAUGGAAGCGGCCAAUAUUAUGGCAGAAUGCAAUUCUGAUUUGCUGCAUAAUUAUAACAAUUAUACGCUUUAUGCAACACAUUCUUCACACAACCCAGAUAUAAACUUAAGUAACUGGCGAUCCCGCUAUACGAAACAUCCAAUACGGUUCAACAAAAUUUGUUACCAGUGGUACGGAAAAAUACAAACUCAUCAAGCCUCUAGUUAUAAUGAGGAUAUGUUUUCCAGUAACGGUGCUUUUAUACAAUCAGCUACCAACCACAAAUAA